UCACCAGGAUCCCCAAGGCAAGAUCACUUCUUUGGACACGAGCACCAUGAGAGCAGCCAUGAAACCCGGCUGGGAGGAUCUGGUGAGAAGGUGCAUUCAGAAGUUCCAUGCACAGCAUGAAGGGGAGUCUGUGUCCUAUGCUAAGAGGCAUCAUCAUGAAGUUCUGAGACAAGGCCUGGCGUUCAGUCAGAUCUACCGCUUUUCCUUGUCCGACGGCACUCUCGUUGCUGCGCAGACAAAGAGCAAACUCAUCCGCUCCCCGACGACUAAUGAGCCUCAGCUUGUAAUUUCUUUACAUAUGCUUCACAGAGAGCAGAAUGUAUGUGUAAUGAAUCCGGAUCUGACUGGACAAGCGAUGGGGAAGCCAUUGAAUCCAAUUAGCUCUAGCAGCCCUGCCCAUCAGGUCAUGUGUGGGAACCCAGGUCAGGACAUGACCCUCAGUAGCAAUAUAAAUUUUCCUAUAAAUGGCCCAAAGGAACAAAUGGGCAUGCCUCUGGGCAGGUUUGGUGGCUCUGGGGGAAUGAACCACGUGUCAGGCAUGCAGGCAGCCACUCCUCAGGGUAGUAACUAUGCACUCAAAAUGAACAGCCCCUCACAGAGCAGCCCUGGCAUGACUCCAGGACAGCCCAACUCCAUGCUCUCACCACGACAUCGCAUG